GCCCUCGGGGCGGGCGGGCGCGGUGACAUCAGGCCGCGCUGGGGCUGAGCGCAAAGAGCCGCCGCCCCGGGACCCGCCUUCUCCCGCCGCCCACAAAAGCCCCCGAGCGACGGCGGCGGCCCCAGCGCCGCGCCCGCAGCACCGCCCGGCCCGGCCGCAGGAUGCCGAACUGGGGUGGAGGGAAGAAGUGUGGCGUGUGCCAGAAGGCCGUGUACUUCGCCGAGGAGGUGCAAUGCGAAGGCAACAGCUUCCACAAGUCCUGCUUCUUGUGCAUGGUCUGUAAGAAGAACUUGGACAGCACCACUGUUGCUGUGCAUGGAGAAGAGAUCUACUGCAAGUCCUGCUAUGGCAAGAAGUAUGGUCCGAAGGGCUACGGAUACGGACAGGGAGCAGGGACCCUGAGCACUGACAAGGGCGAGUCUCUCGGAAUCAAAUAUGAAGAGGGCCAGCCCCACCGACCCACCAACAAUCCUGGAACGGCCCAGAAAGUGGGAGGUUCUGAUGGGUGCCCUCGCUGCGGCCAAGCAGUGUAUGCAGCUGAGAAGGUGAUUGGAGCUGGAAAGUCCUGGCACAAGUCCUGCUUCCGCUGUGCCAAGUGUGGCAAAAGCCUGGAAUCCACCACCCUGGCAGACAAAGAUGGGGAGAUCUAUUGCAAAGGCUGCUACGCCAAGAACUUCGGGCCCAAGGGCUUUGGCUUCGGGCAGGGAGCCGGGGCGCUCAUCCACUCGCAGUGAGGCAUCCAGGGCCUGGCACUCCGCUCGCACUGGCCUUGUCUGGACCAGUCUCUGCCGCCUGACCCUUUCCGCACUCGCAGUGAGCACCCUCAUAGCAAUCAAUAACCGCCUGCUACUCCGCAGCACAGUCCGUUCCUCUCUGACCCGACCCAGCGCUCUCUGAAGCCGUGGGGGUCCCUCCGUCGGCCUCGGCAGGCCCUGCUGGUACAAACACAGACGGGAGACGCAGCUCACACACACACACAGUGAGGCCCGUCCUCCGAAAAUGUUCUGCAAUAAACGUCAAAGCUGACCAAAGCCUGGCCUUGCCGAUGAGAUUAUUCCCUGUCUGGGCCUGAGGAGAUCCACCGAGGGACCUGAGCAGGGGGCACAGAGGAGAGUGAGAACAGCAAUGUUGGUAAUCAUGGCUUGUAGUUAAAGCACAAAUUCAAGGACUCCCAGUAUGAUUUGUCGUAGCCCAGCUGUGGUCAGUUGAGCUCUGCUAGUUUGCACCAGCUGGGCCUGGCUCUCCCACCAUCCCAGCGCUGGGUCACCAUUGCAAAAGCAGCCUGGUUCCGGGAGGCCCAGAACAGACCUCGUGUCGGUGACACAACACGUGUGCACACCGUGUCGAAAUUCCUAUCAGUGCUAUUACAUCGCGCUCCUCCAAACAGGCAUGCUGAGCACUGCUGAAUAGUUUAGGAACUUUUCACCUACUCCCUUGUUUAACAGCACUGUUAACCCAUGAGCUUAGACGCAUCCCAGCUUAACUUGUCUUCAUCUACCUCCUUUACUUUCUUUCUGUGAUUCUCUUGUAUAACCAGUGUGGGAUACUCACAAGAUCAGCCUCACUGUUGCUUAGAGUUGAUAUCAUGCUUUGGCUUGCAAACUCCACAGGGAAAUGUUGUCCUUUUAAAGCAUGAUGGUUUUAAACAUUGCGGUUGCAUAAAUGAGAUCAGGAAAACAUUUUCAGAAGCACAAUAAUAGCAGAAAUCCUUUUGGGAAGUGGGACUUCAGUUCCUUUUUUAUAGCACACUUUUUUUUUUUUUUUUUUUUUUCCAACCCAGAGUCAGGCUUAGCUGUGUAGUUCUAAUUUCAUUUUAGAUCGUGGAAGCCUUUAGAUUGGUCUCCUGUUCAGCACACCCUCAACUUUUGCAUGAAGUUUUGCAAGCUGAGUGAGGGGAGUAACCCCCCCAAAAUCCUCCCCCUACUUUCCCCCUCACUCUGUUUGGGACCCAAAUUCUAGCUGGCCAAGCUGCUCUGGUGUGGGUGGUUGGGGGUUUGGGUGAGGCUCUGUGUUUGUGAUAGCGGCUUAGGUUUGUGGAGCAGAAAGCCUGGCUGCAGAGGUGCCGCAGCAGAUCAAGAACACUGUGGGCUCGCGUACCACCCUCUUUGUGGAGGCCGAAACUCAGCUAACUUGCUUGGCAGAAGCCCUUUUCCCUGGAGGUGGUGGUGGGGUUAGGAAUCUGCACGCUUUCUCUGUGAGCCUGGGGUGGAUGCUAUGUUGCAGCCUUUCAAUUGGAUGUGCCACAUGCAAGGGUUGUGUCCAAGCAAAGCUGUUUAUUCAAUAAAACUCCUAGAAUGAG